GUCGCUACGCCGGGAGAACCAAAGUUAAAUGAGCCGAAUAAAGUUAAGAGACUGCUAGAAAUUCUCAUGGAAGGAAUCUGUUUUGGGUUCGCACUUGCCAAUGUCUUUAAUCGCGAAGACACAACCAGCCUAUUUCGUCAUUUAUGCCCAUGACACCAAGUCCCAGAGUGCCGACAGUCGAGUCGUUCGCGAUAUCAUCAGAUAUAUGAAGCUAAUGGACUCCCCGACUCGAUCCGAUAGAGUAGCUAUUCUUCGCUCUGAAGAUCCCGAGUCCGAAGCUCGAGAUGACAUACUCGCCAACCAAUUCUGUCUCCUCCCUGAGCAGAUUGCUACGAAUCCAGUGAAGAAAGUCCUACUGUUCUAUUCGCGAGUACUCCGUGACUAUUGUACCUGUGUCGACGGUUCAACGUACGUUAAGGACCUCAAGGACACAGCACUGAACGAAAUACAGAGGCUUAGAUCGAACGAUACCAACACCAUAAUUCUGAAUACUCAGCGUGUUCUUGAUAUCCAAACCGCCAUUCGAGCUGCAGUUAACAGACACACCAGAAAACCAUGGUUCCACCACGUUCUCACUGAGAUAGCUCUGCUCGAUCUCAGGGUUUUGCUCAGCAAACAGCCUCUUAAAGUCAUUCCUGUUGAUUUACAAUCCACCGACACGGUUCUUGAAGACCUUUCUUUCUUGAAUCCUACCCAGCAUUAUGUGGUCCCUCCCCCACCAAUAGUGGUCAAGGUAGAUGCCGUGGAGCAGACACAUAAGUUAUUAUUUAAUCUUCUAGAGCGGAUCCACGGUCAGCUUCCGCCCGUGGCACUAUGGCUCCAGGAAUUAUAUACUAGAGGAAUCGAAAAGUUGGAGGAGAACAGGUCGCAGGCAGAUGUUGUUUUCCGGGACGCACUUUGGCUGGAUAUUCGUGCGGAGUUGUGGAGAGCCCAUAUUGGUGGCUUGAGGCAGACGCCGUGGAGCCAGCGUCAAACUGAAAGGGGAGACCAAGAAUGGGACAUUCCAUUUUUCAACCUCGAACCAGCCAAGCCCAUUAUCACACCGCCACCCCAGGUUAUCCCGGAGCUACUUGUACCGCCGACCGAGGAGCAAAAGCGCAUUCUUCAAACCUUGCUUUAUUAUGAGAUGGAUCGUAGGAUUCAUGAAAUUGAAGACCCCUUUCCUAACACCCUUGAGUGGCUCUUUCACCAUACCUCCUAUUCAAAAUGGUUGUCCGAAGGCAGCGGGAUGUUGGGCAUCCGAGGCGGUCCUGGCACUGGCAAGUCGACUGCUAUAAAGGCUAUGAUACAGAGAGAGCAAUCAAAAUCAGAACCAAGUCAUCUCCUCCUCUACUUCUUCUUCCAUGGCCGUGGUGGCGAGCGCUCAAAGAACAGAGUUGGGAUGUACCAAACCUUGUUAUUCCAGCUACUCAACAAAGUGCCUUCAGCCGGUAUCAACUACUGGCAGUGGGCUAAGGAGAUUGGUCCCGAACAUUUGUCAAUGCCUAGUAAUGCCGACACCCUCCGGGAGAUGUUUCUCGACGCGCUUUUCGAUGUGUGCACAUUAGCUCGAGUCAGAGUCUUCCUGGACGCCCUCGACGAAGCUGGCGACGAAGAAGCUAGAGAGGUCAUCGCAGACCUUCGGCGAAUCAGCACUAAAGUAGGACUUAUUUCCAGAGGCCUAAGUAUCUGCUUUGCUUGUCGGUACUAUCCAACCAUCGUGGUUGACAACGGUCUUGAGAUCAAGCUAGAGGAUUACAAUAAGGAGGACAUAGGGCUGUUCAUUCAGUCCUCUUUGAAGAAACUAUCUGCCAGCUCCUUCAAUGGAGACGAAGAGAAGCUGGACCGUUUAGUCACAGCUAUUGAUGAGCGAUCGUCUGGGUUUUUUCUCUGGGCAAAAUUGGCUGUGGGUGUCGUGAAACGGUCCAUUGAAGAGGAACGAGGAAUUAGGAAUAUCCUGCAACGCAUCACCGAACAGCCGGCUCCGAUCCAGGAUUUGUAUUCUCAUAUGCUUGCACAAACUCUGCAAUCUGAAGGGGGUCGGAACAUGACAUUGGCACUCAUCCGUUGGAUUAGAUUCUCAUUUCGACCAAUGACCUUGGAAGAGUUGCGAUACGCAUUGAGCUGGGAUCAGAGCUUGGAUCUGCAAGAAGAUGCUCCGUCCAAAUUAUGCCAGCCUACAGUCGACUCCGACACCUCCAUGCUCCGAAUUCUAGAGCAGCACUUAAAGAGCUUCACACAAGUUGAGGAAGUUGUCGAUGCUAAUGGACAGGUAAAACCAACCGUCCAAUUCAUUCACCAUACAGUCUACGAGUUUUUCUCGGACCCCCGCUUUCUUCACGACCUUGCAUCUACCUCUACCUCUAGCUCUUGGUUUGGGCAGAAUCAUGAUAUGAUGGCGCAAACAUGUUACAACUUCAUCAAGAGCAAUUAUAACAGCUGGUUUGAGCUAGGCAGGAAUGAGAUACAGAAGCUGCCAUUCUGCGACUAUGCUGCCCAAUUCUGCUUUGUGCAUGCCGAACAGGCGGCGUCUUACGGCAUUUCGCAAGAUUUCCUGUUGGAACAGCUUGGGCACAAAGCAGAGAGAGACGCUUUGAUGCAGUGGGCAAAGGUAUACGGGGCCGAGAACCUUGCUGAGCGGUCUCUUAGUCAUUUCCCUACUUGGCAUCAGAUCGCUAAAGCUUUCAAGCUUGGGGGCUAAGGCACUGAAAACUGAGCAUCUAAACAUGGUUAUGAUCACUGGAAUCAUCAAGUAUGCUAAUACAUGUGGUAUGAGGGUGAGUCGAUUUGCAUGGAAAU